AUGCCUGAAACAUCGGGAGGGGCCUUCCAACUGGAAGAGGACAAUGGAGAACCCCCCUUUCGGAACGAAGGCGGUUCCCAGCAGCUCUUGUCACCCGCCGUGCACCGCCACCCUAUGUCUGUGUUCCUGACCCCUCAGUACCGCAACUUAUCUUUGUUUCGAGUGAAAACUGCAGAAGAUGCUCAAAGGCGAGCGGCGGCCCUGCAGCAACUCAGGGCUCAACGAGCAGUUGAAAGCUUUCUCAACGACGGCUGUCUCCUCAGGGCAGCGACAUCAAGCGUUGGGGGCGGCCUCCUUGGACUCUUCCUGGGUGCCUUUUUCUUCACAAUGAAGCCUGUAGACGUAGACAGCUGUUUAGGGCUGCGGGCGCAGCUUCGGCAGCAGUACAAAUCCUUUGUUCCAGAUGUCGCCUCGACAGCCAAAAGCUUUGCGAAGAUCGGCGGCCUUUAUUCCUUAGCUGAGUGCAUAGUUGACAAGGAACGAGCAACGCACGACCUACGUGGAGCCAUUUAUGGUGGUUGUUUGACGGGCGCCGCGCUGGCAAUCAAAGGAGGGCCUCGAGCGAUGGCUGUGGGCAGUCUCGGUUUUGGAGCCUUCGCUGCUGCCAUGGAGAUGCUCCAGCCGUUGAUCGGCUUCGAUGCGUGA